CAGCAAAAGCAGCAUAUCGACUACGCUUCGACCGUCAACAUGAUAUCCCUUAAGACGUAUCUGCUAUUGGCUGUAACUUCUGUUCUUCUCGAACCUUCUUUUGGCCAAAGUUGCGGAGUGCGCAUGGCAUCUAGAGUGGUGAAUGGACAGAAUGCUCAGCGCCACGCUUGGCCUUGGCAGAUCUCUCUACGGCACCGGGGUGGGCACAUUUGCGGGGGAUCAAUCAUAAGUAACUGGUGGAUUCUGACUGCCUCUCACUGUGUCGAAAAGGAUCGGAGCCCCUGGGGAUACUCUGUUGUCGUAGGACUGCAUGCCCAAAGGGAGCGGCCUCGUCAAGACCAAAUAUUUGGAUUACGUCGAGUGAUUAUGCAUGAGAGAUAUGGACAGUUGAAUUUCGAUGUGGCUCUUCUGCAGCUAAACAGGCCAAUUCAGAUGGGUUACAUGGCAAAACCAGUUUGUCUGCCACAACAAAAUAGUAGAGCUCCGGCUGGGUCGCGGUGUUACAUUACAGGAUGGGGGCGAACAGUUGGAGGUGGAUAUGGAGCUAACAUUCUUCAACAAGCAAUGCUGCCAGUCGCUGAUGACAGAAGGUGUGCUUCUGUUAACGGAAGACUCGGUCGUGUUUACAGUGAUACCAUGAUCUGUGCCGGAGGACAGGGACGCGGAGGAUGUCAGGGAGACAGCGGUGGACCGUUUGUUUGCAACGAGGGCGGGCGAUGGGUUCUCCGCGGAGCAGUAAGUUGGGGUCACGAACAUUGCAGGACCGACUACUUUACUGUAUUCGCCCGAGUCAGUACCUUUACCAACUGGAUAAGGCAGAGGACUGGUUUAUGAUGUUAUGAACUGAAGAGGCCGAGGGUAUCAGAGCAAGUAAUUGUUAGUGAAAACAGGAAAGAAGAAUAAAGUUUUAACCCUUUAACCUCA